AUGGUCCCCAACAUUAAGCUCAGCACCGGUCAGGACAUGCCCCAGGUGGGCUUUGGUCUGUGGAAGGUUGACAACGCUAUCUGUGCCGAUACCGUCUACAAUGCCAUCAAAGUUGGCUACCGCCUCUUCGACGGCGCAUGCGACUACGGCAAUGAGGUUGAGGCUGGCCAGGGCGUUGCCCGCGCCAUCAAGGAGGGGAUCGUGAAGCGUGAGGAGCUGUUUAUCGUGUCCAAGCUGUGGAACACCUUCCACGACGGUGACCGGGUUGAGCCCAUCGUCCGGAAGCAGCUGGCCGACUGGGGCGUCGACUACUUCGACCUCUACCUCAUCCACUUCCCCGUCGCCCUCGAGUACGUCGACCCGUCGGUCCGCUACCCGCCUGGCUGGCACUACGACGGCAGCUCCGAGAUCCGGCCCAGCAAGGCCUCCAUCCAGGAGACCUGGACCGCCAUGGAGAGCCUCGUCGGCAGCGGCCUCGCCAAGAACAUUGGCGUCUCCAACUUCCAGGCCCAGCUGCUCUACGACCUCCUCCGGUACGCCAAGAUCAAGCCCGCCACCCUGCAGAUCGAGCACCACCCCUACCUCGUCCAGCCCGAGCUUCUCAGGCUGGCCAAGACCGAGGGCAUCGCCGUGACCGCCUACAGCUCCUUCGGCCCGGCUUCGUUCGCCGAGUUCAACAUGGCCCACGCCGCCGCCAUCACCCCGCUGUUGGAGGAGGCCACCGUCACCGCCAUCGCCGCCAAGCACGGCAAGGAGCCCUCCCAGGUCCUGCUCCGCUGGGCCACCCAGCGCGGCCUGGCCGUUAUCCCCAAGAGCGUGCGCGAGAAGUACAUGCAGUCGAACCUGGCCUCGAUCGAGUUCGACCUCGAGCAGUCCGAGAUUGACCAGAUCAGCAACCUGGACAAGGGCCUCCGGUUCAACCAGCCCGCUAACUACUUCCCCACCGAGGCCCUUUGGAUCUUUGGCUAA